CUUCACAAUACACAAACGUCCAAGAGAAAAACUCAACUCCCAACAUGGGGAGGUUCAUCUCUUCCACUCCUCUCUACAUUCUCCUCCGCCUUCUCCUCGUCCUCUUCCUCACCCGCCAUACCACACCAGUCAAUAGCCUCCCUCUUUCCACCGAUUCUCGGUGGAUCGUCGACGACCAGACCGGGCAGCGUGUCAAGCUAGCAUGCGUCAAUUGGGUAUCCCAUCUCGAACCUAUCGUUGCGGAGGGGCUAAGCAAGCAGCCCAUGGACGUAAUCUCCAAGAAGAUUCUAUCCAUGGGAUUCAACUGCGUCCGCCUCACUUGGCCGCUGUUUCUUGCCACCAAUGACUCCCUGGCGUCUCUCACCGUUCGACAGUCGUUUCAGAGCCUCGGCCUACAAGAAUCCAUCGCCGGAAUCCAAUCCAACAACCCCUCCAUCAUUGAUGUCUCCCUCAUUCAAGCUUAUCAGGCGGUGGUGUCCAGCCUAGAUAACAACAACAUCAUGGUUAUACUAGACAAUCACAUAAGCAAGCCCGGCUGGUGCUGCAGUAACUUCGACGGCAAUGGAUUCUUUGGUGACCAGUACUUCAACCCUGAUCUAUGGAUCAAGGGCUUAACCCGGAUUGCCACCUUGUUCAACGGCGUUCCAAAUGUGAUCGGCAUGAGCCUUAGAAAUGAGCUCAGAGGUCCCAAACAGAAUGUAAAUGACUGGUACAAGUACAUGCAGGGAGGGGCUGAAGCAGUGCACUCAGCCAACCCAAAUGUCCUGGUGAUCCUCUCCGGUUUGAGUUUUGACUCAACCUUGUCAUUCCUCAAAACUCGACCAGUGAACCUCACCUUCACUGAGAAAUUGGUUUUUGAGAUGCACUGGUAUAGUUUUACAGAUGGAGGGGCGUGGGGAACCGGGAAUCCAAACCAGGUUUGUGGGAAUGUGGUGAAAAGGGUGAUGGGAUCAACCGGAUUUUUGCUCCAGCAGGCGUAUCCGCUGUUUGUGAGCGAGUUUGGGGUAGAUCAAAGAGGAACCAAUGUGAAUGACAACAGGUAUUUGAAUUGUUUCAUGGGGGUAGCAGCUGAGCUUGACUUCGACUGGGCAUAUUGGACACUGGAUGGGAGUUACUACCUGAGAGAGGGGGUUAUGGGUUUAAAUGAGUAUUAUGGGAUCCUAAACUGGAAUUGGUGUGAAAUCAGGAAUUCAAGUCUCCUGCAGAGAAUAUCUGCCCUGCAAUCUCCUCUCCAAGGGCCAGGUCUGGCGGAAUCCAAACCACAUUUGGUGAUUUUCCAUCCUGCAACAGGGCUCUGCCUACAAAGGAAAUCAUUGUUUGAGCCUCUGCGCUUGGGUGCCUGCUCGGAAUCUGAAGCCUGGAGUUACACAACACAGAAGAGUUUAGUGAUAAAGGGGACUUAUUUCUGCCUACAAGCUGAUGAAUUGGAGAAACCAGCAAAACUUGGGGUUAUUUGCAGUGAUUCUAGUUCAAAAUGGGAAAUGAUAUCCGAUUCAAAGAUGCACCUAUCAUCCAAGCUCAGCAAUGGUACAUCAGUUUGCCUGGAUGUAGAUUCCAACAACAGAGUCAUUAUAAACGCAUGCAAAUGCUUGAGCAAGGAUAACAUAUGUGACCCUGCAAGCCAAUGGUUCAAACUUGUGAACAGCACAAGGAGUUCAAGCAAGGCGAAAUCCUUCUUUCAGGUGGACACAAUUUCAGAUAUUACUAGAACAGAUUUCUUAGGGAGCCUUUUGGGAUGGAUGUUGGCAGGGUAAGGUGGAACUAGCAAGUCAGAACUAAACUAGCAUGUUCGAAACCAGACAGAAAUCACAUUUAGAUCUUCUAAUGAUCAAAAUAUAUGCCUAUCACAUUUAAAUCAUCCCUCAGGUUCGAUGCAAUUCUGUCAUGUAAUAAUCAUUCCUUAUAUAAGAUUAUACGAAAUUGGACAGAACAAGAAUUUGAUAACACAUGACUUAUUACAUGUAAUUAUGUAAAUAAAAUUUAUUAUAAGAG